AUGCCUCAACCAUCCCAGAUCGUCAAGAGUGAAGAGGCGCUGCCUCCUCUUCCCGUGUUCUCCCAGGCUAUCGUCUCCAAAGGCACCGUCUAUGCUUCAGGAAACAUCGGAAUCACCAGGGAAUGGAAAUUGGUGGAAGGAGGAAUUAAGGCGCAGACGCGGGCUGCCCUCGAGAACCUCGCUAAAGUCUUGAAAGCUGCCAACUCUAGCUUGGAACAUGUUGUCAAGGUCAACAUCUACAUCACUGACUUUGCUCAGUUUUCGGAUAUGAACGAGGUUUAUUCCGAGUUCUGGGAGAAGGAUAGAUUCCCAGCUAGGACAUGUGUUGGGGUUGCCUCGCUUCCGUUGGGGGCUGCUGUCGAGAUCGAGGCCAUUGCAGAUGUUGCAGAGUAG